AGGCCGCGUUUGGAAGAAAGGAUUAGGAAGGGAAAAUCAAAACGUAUUAAAGAAAACGGAGUUGGAUUCCUUCUCAAUUCUCCUCCGAAAACAAAAUAAUGUCAGCAUACCGAUGGAAAAGCUUCGAGGAGAACGAGGAUCGGCCCUCGAAGCCUCGCCGUUUUGGCGUCACCGAGAUGCGAAGCCCCCACUACAGUCUCUUCUCUCACAACGUUCUUCAGGAUAUAUUUGAAUCUAUGGGAGAAUUUGUUGAUGGGUUGAAGUUUUCUGGAGGGUCUCACAGCUUGAUGCCGAAGGCUUCUAUGAAACAAGUGAUUGACAUGGCCCAUCAGCAUGAUGUUUAUGUUAGCACCGGUGAUUGGGCCGAGCAUAUGAUUCGCAAAGGCCCAUCUGGUUUCAAAGAAUAUGUGCAGGAAUGUAAGGAUUUGGGGUUUGACACAAUUGAGCUGAAUGUGGGAUCGCUUGGAAUUCCUGAAGAAACCCUUUUGAGAUUUGUUCGGUUGGUCAAAAGUGGUGGUCUGAAAGCUAAGCCUCAUUUUGAAGUGAAGAUUAACGAGUCUGAUAUUCCCCAAAGGGGUGAUAGAGCUUAUGGGGCUUAUAUUCCCCCAGCGCCUAGAUCAUUUGAAUUUGUAGAAGAUGUGGAUCUCUUGAUCAGAAGGGCUGAGAGAUGUUUAGAAGCGGGUGCAGACAUGAUAAUGAUUGAUGCUGAUGAUGUCAGCAAACAUGCAGAUAAUAUGCGCGCCGAUAUUAUUGCUAAGAUCAUUGGGCGGCUUGGUCUUGAGAAGACUAUGUUUGAAGCAUCAAACCAAAGAACAUCCGAAUGGUUUAUCAAACAAUAUGGUCCAAAGGUGAACCUCUUUAUUGAUCAUUCGCAUGUGGUGGAUGUGGAAUGUCUCAGGGGACGAAACUUGGGUAAAAAUCAUGCUUCUGUCCUCGGUUCUUCAUAUUUCCUGUUCUGA